AUGGCCGUCACCAUAUCUCAGCUUGCAGAAGAUGAUAUCCCAGGUGCUGUCAGUGUAAUCCAGGAAGCAUUCAAAGCAGACCCUUACAAUCUUUGGAUUUACAAUGAUCGAUCCAAGCAUGAUAGCGAGCAAUGGUUCCGAUUUGCCUUUAGUGGUUACCUUGACUCGUUGAGAUCAUCUCGCCGAGUUUUAGGCAUUACAAUGUGGUUACCGCCCAAAUCUUCUGGAUCGUCAGAAACAUGGGCAGAAUGGAUCAGUAGUUGGACCAUGUGGGUUCAACAAGUAGGUAUGAAUAUUUGGUAUGGCCGAGGUGGCUUGAAUGUGAAGCGCUAUUAUAUUUGGAAAGACAGGCAAGCAGAAGCUCAAUCCGAGAUCUGGACCGAUCCUCGAGGAUACUACUUUCUAAAUAUAAUGGUUGUUCAUCCUGAUGCUCAAGGGAGAGGAAUUGGGAAAGCGCUAGCAAAGGUAGUAACGAGCAUUGCUGAUGCAGAAGGACAAAGAUGCUAUCUUGAAUCUAGUCGAGAUAUUCCCAACAUGAAGAUUUACGAAGCUUUCGGAUUCCACUUUGUAAAGAAGAUGGUUUGUGAUGACGAAGGUGAGACUUGCAAUAUCUAUUGUAUGGUAAGAGAACCACAAGAAGGAUCCAAGAAAGAUAUCGCCAUUCUCGACUUACACGCAUGGAUUGGACGAGACUGGACGAGACUGGACAGACCUUACCCAGAUCAAAUUGGACAAUGCCAAUUCAACUGUUCCGCACAAUGGUCAAUCAUCAUUGCAUCAUUGUCACUUUUCGGUGGUUCGGAAACCGGUGAACUUUCAAAGAUCUCCGAACAAACCGAAAAUGAGUCUGUAGAUAUUAACGGGAGUUCCAGGAGUAUGGCCUUAGCGACAAGAAUGAUGAGGUUACCAACCUCAGCUACUGGUAUUCGUACCAUUGCUCAACGAUCAUAUGCGACAUCAAACAGGGUCCUUCUCUCACAUGCGCGACCAAACGCCAGAGUCACCGUUGACAAGAGCAGAAUUUCGCAAAUUGCCCAACGAACCUACGCAGAUGUGGCUCCUGUUAAUGUCAAGAAACCUAAUCGAUUUCGAUUCUUGAGAUGGAGUUGGCGUAUUACAUAUUUGUCUUUGAUCGGAGGAGCUACUUAUCUUGGUUAUGAAGUCUGGGAGCUUCGACAUCCAGAUGAGCAAUUCCAGCCAGAUCCAACCAAGAAGAAUUUGGUUAUUCUUGGUACUGGAUGGGGUGCUGUGUCUCUUUUGAAAAAGCUCGACACGGAAAACUAUAAUGUUAUUGUUAUCUCUCCACGAAACUACUUCUUGUUUACCCCUCUUUUGCCAUCAUGCACGACCGGUACCGUCGAGCACAGAUCUAUUAUGGAGCCUAUCCGAAGCAUAACCAGACACAAGAAGGCUGCUGUUAAGUUCUACGAAGCCGAGGCCACCAAGAUCGACCCUGAAAAGAAAACUAUCUCUAUCAACGACAAUUCUGAUGUCAAAGGAGCUUCCCAUACGACCGAGGUCUCAUACGAUAUGUUGGUUGUUAGUGUUGGUGCGGAAAACGCAACUUUCGGAAUCCCUGGUGUCAAAGAGCACUCAUGCUUUUUGAAGGAGAUCGGCGACGCACAAGCAAUCAGAAAGAAGAUCAUGGACUGUGUAGAGACCGCCACUUUCAAGGAUCAAUCUCCAGAGGAAAUUGAGCGUCUUUUGCACAUGGUUGUCGUUGGAGGUGGACCUACUGGUGUUGAAUUCGCUGGUGAGCUUCAAGAUUUCUUCGACCAAGAUAUCAAGAAGUGGGUUCCAGAAAUUAGCGACAAGUUCAAGGUUACUCUCAUCGAAGCUCUCCCUAAUGUUCUUCCUAUGUUCUCCAAACAAUUGAUCGAAUACACCGAGUCAACCUUCAAGGAGGAGAAGAUUACAAUCAAAACUAAGACAGCCGUCAAGAAAGUCACUGAUAAGACUGUUGAAGCCGAGGCUACCGGACCGGAUGGAAAGAAAGUGACUGAGGUUAUGCCUUACGGUCUCCUCGUAUGGGCCACCGGAAACGCUGUCCGCCCUGUCGUCAAGGAUCUCAUGUCACAGAUUCCCGCUCAAAAGGAUUCAAGGAGAGGUCUCGCUGUAAAUGAAUAUCUUGUUGUGCAAGGAACCAAGGACAUCUGGGCUACCGGUGAUUGUGCAGUCGCAGGAUAUGCACCAACAGCUCAAGUAGCAUCGCAAGAAGGAGCUUUCUUAGCUCGUCUCUUCAACACAAUGGCAAAGACCGAUACCAUCGAACAUGAAAUCCAAGAACUGAGUUCAUCCUUGAACCUUGGUCCCGGAGAUGCCGCCCAAGUUGCAAAAGAUAUCGAAUCGCACGAAAAGCAAUUGAGAAGAGUCAAGGACAUCAAGCCAUUCCACUACACACAUCAAGGUUCCUUGGCAUACAUUGGUAGUGAAAGAGCCGUUGCGGAUGUUGCCUGGAUGAAUGGCAACUUUGCUACCGGUGGUAGUUUGACAUAUUUGUUCUGGAGAAGUGCAUACUUGAGUAUGUGCUUUAGCACACGCAACCGUGUCUUGGUAGUCCUCGACUGGCUCAAAUCUAAGGCUUUUGGCCGUGACGUUUCUAGAGAAUAG